AAGAGUCCUGUGUAGCUUGCAGUGGCUUUGUUGUUUAUCCUAAAAGAUGUGUAAUUGUUCGUGGCUUGGUCAGUUCUCCUGAGCUGGAUGAGACUGGGGAUGGUGGCCCUCUCCAGCUGCAGAGGGACACUGAGGUGGCCAGGGCUGCCCUUCCCUCACCGUGUCCCUCCAGACAGCCGGGCAGGUGCUGGCUGGGUCACAACAAACGGUCCUGCUCUCUGUGCUGUGCUGUGCUGCAGCUGACACGGUGACUUGCCUGGUGAAUCAUAAGUGAAUGCUGCUGAGAGCUGAGCUUUUUGCAGACACCACAGCAUUAGCCCCACUCCUUGGACAAGCUCCAGCCUGGGCGAUUCCAUUCGGACACUUUAAAUGCUCCCUGUCGCCUUUGCAGGCACAAGGCUCUGCUCUUCUGCCCGCGAGCUCUUGGAGACUGGCUGGGGACUGUAAAACAGCUGCUACUUUCACUCCCUGGCUGUUUUCUUGCUGGAUGCCGGGGGUUGUCUGUGGAGCCUGACUGCAGGACUGUGAAAGAGGCUCUGUUAACGCCAGGCAGUUGAUUUGCCAAUAAAGGUUGGCUUUAUUUUUCCCAUCAGCUCUACUCUGUUGGCUGCCUAGGGUUGAUGCGGGACACAGGUGAAGUUGUGUUGGUUUUGGAGUCUUAACAAUUACCAGCUUAACUAGAGUGAGGUUCUUAAGGCUAUAAUUAGGUCAAGCUGUCUUGUUUAUUGAAUUCCCAUUCAGCUCCCAAACUUGGUAGUGGAAAUGAACUCGGGGGCCUGUUUUAGGAUUGCUGUUCGUCUCCACUGGCAAAGAACACUUGGGAGAGGGCUCUUGUGCUCCUCUCUGUGCUGCCAGAGCCCGUGGGCAAAGGCAGAGCGCUGUUGUGUGUCCCUGGCAGGGGCUGCUGAGCUGCCAUGGGGAACACCACGAGCGAGCGUGUGUCUGGGGAGCGCCAUGGCUCCAAGUCCCACCGCUCCGACGGCUCCGGUGCCUCCCACCCCGCCAAGGAGCACCCGCACAAGAUCAUGGUGGGCAGCACCGACGACCCCAGCGUUUUCAGCUCCCACGACUCCAAGAUUCCUGGGGACAAGGAGUUUGUGUCAUGGCAGCCAGAUCUGGAGGAGUCAGUGAAACCAUCCCAGCAGGCUCGUCCGACUGUCAUACGCUGGGCUGAUGGAGGCAAGGAGGUCUUCAUCUCCGGAUCCUUCAACAACUGGAGCACCAAGAUCCCACUCAUCAAGAGCCACAAUGACUUCGUUGCUAUCCUGGACCUUCCAGAAGGAGAGCACCAGUACAAAUUUUUUGUGGAUGGCCAGUGGGUCCAUGAUCCAUCUGAGCCUGUGGUUACCAGCCAGAUGGGGACGAUAAACAACCUCAUCCACGUCAAGAAGUCUGACUUUGAGGUGUUUGAUGCGUUGAAGGUGGAUUCCCUGGAAAGCUCAGAAACCUCAGGUCGGGAUUUGUCCAGCUCCCCACCGGGACCUUAUGGCCAAGAGAUGUAUGUAUACCGGCCUGAGGAGCGCUUCAAAUCCCCACCCAUCCUCCCGCCUCACCUCCUCCAGGUCAUCCUCAACAAGGACACCAAUAUCUCGUGUGACCCAGCACUGCUGCCUGAGCCCAACCACGUCAUGCUCAAUCACCUCUACGCACUCUCCAUCAAGGAUGGCGUGAUGGUGCUCAGUGCCACGCACCGCUACAAGAAGAAGUACGUCACCACGCUGCUGUACAAGCCCAUCUGAGCCAGGGCCUCACACACUCCCCACGCAGGACACGCCGCUUGUCUGCACACACUGGGCCACGGGACUGUGACAACUGGCCACUGGCUCCAGCCUCCAACCCAGCAGGGACACAGGCCCCGGCAACAAGCUCAGGGCCGCUGGGGCCUGUGACGCUGUCCCAUCCUACUGGCGUGGUUUAGCCCUUGGUUUCCACCCACCUGCAGCUUCCCUUGGCUUCUGUGAGUCUCUGGGACCACUUUGCUGCUCACCAGAAUAGCCCCUCCUCACGCCCAACACGGAAAGGGCUUCACCCUGCCUGUCUUCUCCAGCCUGCGAGGGCCUCAAGGUGGUCCUGGCACUGCAGCUGCUCCAGGCUCCAGGAACACAUCCUGUCCUUCUGAAGGUUGCACUGCUGCCCUGGUGACGAGUCUCCAAGGCCACCUCGUCUGCUAGGGGCUCUGACACUCCAGCCUAGCUCCUGCCCCCUGUCCCACAGCCCUGCCUGUGGGGCUGCCCCCAGCUUUGAGUAGGGCUCUGCCGCCCCAGCGCUCUGCGAGGCUCAUCGUCGAGCCAGCAUGAUGGACGGUACUGCUGGACACAGCCACUCUUACCUGCUGCUGUGAGAGCACCACAAGGACUGCAUCACCCUGUCCCCAACAUCAGCUGCUUCUGUGGGACAGGGCUGACUUUGUCACAGCCAGAGGCGCACCGGGCCAUGCCCAUGCUGGAGGGGCCUGGGAAGAGCAGAGUCGGGCAGGCACUCCACGACCCCGGCUGCACUGCCUGCUGCCACAGCAGUGCCAGGGGGCAGGGGUUCUCUAUUUAUUACAGUAUUUAUUGUUCUCA